AUGAGCCGUAUUCCACUUGAGCUCCAAGCCAUCUUUGUUGCUUCGAACAAAGGAGAGGAAGUACACAAGCCGCCUUCCAAUAGAGCUGCUUUCAAGGUGUUCAAGAGCAUCUUCGGAGGCUUUGGGCGACGUAAGCGAUCCACCGAGAACAAAAGAGAGAAUUUGAAGCGCAUUGCAAGCCAGAGCUCAUUUGCCACAGUCAGUACUCUCGGGGUGGAUGACUUUAGCGGCAGCUCCCACAAUGAGAACAACGAAUGUGCCCCCGUUACGCCGCACGAACACCUGGAAGUUUUAUUGAAGGCACGUGGCUACUGUACCGAACGCUAUUCUGUUCUUCAAACCGCAUUCUUCAAUCGACCUACACCCCUUCAACUCGCUUCAUACGAUACCAAGCUUAUACAGCUCAUCAAGAGCCAGGAUGAGCAGAAAGUUCGAGAAAUUCUUGCCAGUGGUAUCUCACCUAACGCUUGCAAUAUUCAUGGCGAAUCUUUGAUUCACAAGGCGUGUCGAUUAGGAUAUCACCGUCUCGUCCGGGCGUUCACCGACUUUGGCGCAGAUCUCGCAAUCUCUGAUGCCCAGGGACGUACGUUGCUACACGACACCUGUUGGGGUGCCCGACCUUCGUUCCAAACUUUUUCUCUUAUCGUUGAUCGCCAACCAGAACUUCUUUUUCUAGCUGAUUGCCGUGGUGCCUGCCCCCUCGAGUAUGUUCGCAAGGAUCACUAUGUUUUCUGGAUUGAGUACUUGGACCAAAUAGCGGACAAAUAUUGGCCUUCAACUCAGUCCACACCCAAACUUUCGUAUCUGGUAAAGCAAGAGCCGCACUCAAGACAGAUUGGAGAACCAGGAAAUGCUCUCUCGUUGGAACUUGCCGCAAUGGUUGCGUCGGGAAGACUGAGUCCAGAAGAAGCUACAUACUUGGCAAAAGGAGACGAAGAGGAUUCAGUCAGCGGUGAGGAGGAUUCAUUGAGUGACGACGACGAAUCUACGUGGAACGAGGAAGACAACGAAGACGACGAGCUACUUGCUGACCUGUGUGGAAUUCACAGUCUAUCAAGCAUUCCCGUCUAA